CACCCUUGCUAUUAUCCCAGUUAUAUACCUAUCGUCCUGAUAACCGCCGAGCAAUCCCACCGAGAUACCUUUAUCUUGCCAUCACAUUCAACAUCGCCACCAAUAGAACAAUAACCAUGGCUCCAGGCUACCUCCACACAGCGCAUGCGGCAGGCACCGAAGAAGAGAUCCACUCGCUUCCCACCUAUGUCACGGCUGGCGAACCGAACCGCGGCAUCAUCGUCAUAAUCUCGGACAUGUUCGGGUGGCAGCUGCCGAACACACGGUUGCUGGCGGAUCGGAUACGUCGGGAGACGGGCGCGACGGUUUAUGUUCCCGAUUUUCUGGCCGGCGAUUCCGUGCCGACGGAGCAUCUCGAGCUGGUCGGUGAGCCCGAGGGCGAGCCCGGGUUUAUGGAGAAAGCAAAAUGGAAUUUCCGUCGAGUGCAGGCGUUUGGUCCGUGGUUGGUGCGGCACCGCGAUGCGGUCUCCUUGCCGAUCGUCACUGCUUUUUUCGAGGCCCUGUACAAAGAGGAUCGAACACGGACGGUGAUGGUGGCGGGAUACUCGUGGGGCGGACGCUACGCACUGCUGUUGACGCACCGCAACCAGUGGAUGAUGAGCAAUGGCGGGGGAUACCGCGAGGGAGGAUUCGUCAAUGCCGCGUUCGUCGCGCAUCCCACGUUGCUGUCAGUUCCGUCGGAUAUCACGGCGAUUGCGAGGCCGACUAGUCUCGCGCUUGGAGACUGUGAUGAGGUGAUGGGGAUUAAGACUGUUGAACAGAUUCAGAAGCUGUUGGAAGGGAAGGCGGCGUCGCCGGAGGAGGUGCAGACUGAGGUCCACGUUUAUGAGGGAGCGCUACAUGGGUUUGCCGUUAGGGCGGAUCUGGGGAAGGUCAUGGAUAAGGAGCACUAUGAGGGUGCUGCGAAGCAGGCAGUCGAGUGGUUCAAGAAGUUCCUCUGAACGGAAUCUUGUUGUUUAGGGCCCGUUUGGAUGGCCUCAGUUUUUCGAGAAACCGAGCAAAUGGAACUGAGACCCCGUUUGAAUGGCACAAAAACUUUUUAAAAAUAUGCGGCUCGAGCGAAGAAACUAGUACUGACCUCGAGAGGUCGUUUCUUUGCCGCCACUCAGUAUCGCAUUUUAACUUCAACCAUGGACUCCCUUUACGGGGAAGAGAAAAAAGCGGGGCCACAAUGUGUCCACUAUUAGAGUUCUGGUGAAGCCCAUUAUUCAGACUUAUGGCUGAGUAAUCUGAGAACUGCCAAACACUCUGUUCACCUCACAGUUUUCCGGAAACUGAAACUGGACAGUAUUCGGUGUCCCGGCGGGAAACUGAAUUUCACUCUAAAACUGGAACUGAAAAC